CGAAUGGCUGAAGGAUGAUUUUUCGACGAUUUUUAUAUCUUAUCAAAUCUUCGGAGUCUUCUGACAAAAAUCAUAGUUAAUAGACAUGAAGAAAUGGGAACUAUGGUUUCUAGACUAGUAGGAUACUUACUAUCUCCAAUUAGGUACCUCUUUGGAACUCCUGCCGUUGAGGGAACAGGGCAGGAUCUUGUCCCUUGCAAAUCGGGACCAACUCCAUUUGUCUUCAAAAGAAGAGGGUCUCAAUUCUUUGAUGAAGAUGGUGAUCUAGCUCAUGAAUUUUAUGAAGAAGUCAGAGUGGAGAAAAAUGGCAAGAAAAUGGUUAUGCAAAAGAGAGUAAAAAAUUUGACACCUCAGGGUUAUGUGGAUUUGCCCCAUCCAAGGAUUAAUAAAGACUUUCCAGUUGUGAUGUGUGAGGCUCUGUGGACCACAGAUAGAUGAUGGUGAUUCCUGUUUCUGUGAAGUAAUGAGAUCCUAACGCAGAAACAUAACUGAUGAUACAGAAAUGGGGACAUAGAACAGAAAUGUAGCAACUCAUAAAGUUUAAACAAAUCUUAUGUACCCCACUUUACAAAACGAGGUUUUUAUGUGUAAUAUCUGAAAACAGAUAUUAUUGAAAUAGAAACAAGUUUGUUGGGCUCAUGCCAAAAAGUAUUAUAUUGUGGGUGACUUAAGCCUAAGACUCUAUGAAAAAUUAGAUACUGGAAUAUGACAGGCUUUAGAAUUUUUUAGUAAUUAUCAUAUUUAUAAAAACAAUUAAAUAUUUAUGGGCAUAUCCACCUUUUAGUAAUAAGUUAAACAUUAUUGGUUCAUAGAAUAGGGUAUUUCAUUUAUUUCGUUUGAGCUGUAUUUCCAAAUGUUUUAUAACUAUUUAACAAGUAGUAAUGUUAAUGUGUCAUGUUCUUUUGAGGUUAAAUGACAUAACACUAUGCUGUCAUCGUGAAAGAUAACUCUUUUUUAUUGUUAAAAGAAGUAAACACAGCUCAAGGUAAUUUCACAAUACUGCAAACAAUUUACUAUUU